UGUUGUUUGUUUCAAAACUUUGAGAAUCUGUUGAAAUAAAUGUGACAAUUUCUUCCUAAGGUUAGUGCAGCUGGUGGAGUUUACCAGUGUCGUUUCCUAAACUGAUAGGUGCUCCUUAUGUUUUCAGCAAAAAAUGAAAGUAUUUCAGUGUUUCAAUCCAUGCAACUACAAUGUUUGAAAAAUUUUGUUUUAUAUGAGCUACUGAUGUUCUGAAAAUCUUAAUUGUUGCUGUUGAAGUAGUUGCUUUAAAAUUCAUAGUGUAUUUCAAUUCAUGGUUGAACUACCUAAUCUUUGUUUGACAUGAAGUAUAUUUAUCCCCAGUCUUCUGUCAGCGUAUGAAAAAUAUUCACUCUAUUGCACAGAAAUUACCAUCAUUAUGUGGUUAUUUUACUCUAAAAAAUUACAUUGUAUAUAACAUAACAAUCCUGAGGUGCAAUUUUUUUAUAGAAUUGCUCAUUUUUAAUUCAAUAUUUUGUUUGCUCAGAAGCCUUGUCUAUCCAAACUUACAGAUCAAAAGUAUAGAAUGAUUUUGUUUUAAGGCUGAAAUAACUUAUGACUAAAGAGUUUUGAAAGAAACUGAAAAUGUAUUGUUUGAAAUGGUUUUUUUUUAUUUCUAUACAGUAUGGCAGCCAGCACAGUAGGUGAGUCUUUCCUAUACUGUGGACACCUUUUGUUGGUAGUGGUGGUUUGGUUGUUUUUUUUUUUUUUUUUGUCUGAAGAACAGGUCCAAGAACAGGUUUUCAAACCGUUCUUAAAUUUAAUAAAUUUUACUGUAGCUGAUUCAGAUGCAUUUCUAUUUCUAUUACCCCUGGAAAUAGAAGAGGUACACUAUUUCAUAAAUCAGCAAAGGCUAAUUAAUUUAAAUUCUGGCUCAGUUUCACAGUUGUGAAUUCUGCAAAUAAAUUCUAAGGAGGUGUUUGAUAUAUACUUCCUGUACCUGUUUGGCUUAUUUGUCUUUUUCUCCCUCACUUCUAUGAAAUAACUGUCAUAUUAUGAUUGUAUAAAAUAAAUGUAUUCAGUAUUUCUAUGCUGCUUUUAUCAAUUUCCUGUAAACUUCUUUCAAACUUCCUAUGAAGACAUUGUUAUGCUUGCACAAUUUUUUUCAUCUUUUUCAGGAUUCUACCUGUUUCUUUUAAGUCUUUAAUGAAGUCAAGUAUUUGGAGCUAAAGAGGAGACUAAUGAGAUAUGUUGAAGAUAAGGCACUCAGAAGAAAAUUUCUGUGCUGCAGGAUGUGAUUUUUGGUGAUGGGUAGUGGAUAGCACAGGUUGGAGUUGGACACAUUGAGUAUCUGGAGCUGAUACCUUUGUGAAGGAGUCUUGUGAUCGCUUUCUAUUGGAUAUUCCUGUCACCAGAGAGCAGAUGAACCACUAUCGAGCUGCAGCAGAGACUGCUCAGAGUGAACUAGCAGCACUAACAGUGAAGUAUGACUAUGUCCAUUCAGAGCUUCUUGAACUCAGGUCCAGAAUGAUCUCAAAAGAAACUUCCUUUGAAGAGCUGAAGUCUGAAGCUGAAAGCUACAGGGAAAACAAUGCUAGACAAGCAUCUCUCCUCUUGUCUUUGCAAACUCGAGUUCGGGAGACAGAAGAAGAGUUGAGUGUGCUUGUGGCUACUAAAAAACAGGCUGAGCUGACAGCUCAGGCAGCAUCAAAGGAAAACUGGGAGCUGAAGGAGAAACUUCGUGAGCAAAAUGCCAGACUUAACAAAUAUUUGAAUGAUUGUGAAGAAAGCAAGACAGAAUCUUAUAAGAUGAGCAGGAAGUAUGAAGAGCUCGUUACACAGCUUUCUGAAUUCUUGGACACAGACAUCAAAGAAAAAGAGAAACCAGAGGAACAUUUAGUGUUAAAGGCUUGUGAAAUAUAUAAAGAAAAUCUGGCACUAAAAGCUCAGGUUGCUGCCCUUCAAGGCGACAUCAAUGGCCAUGAAAUGGAAUCCAAGGCUAGUAGAGAAACUAUCAUGAGGCUUGUUUCAGAGGUGACCAAAGAGCAGAAAAAGGCAGCAGGAUACUGUGAAGACAUGGAAAAACUUAGUAAGGAUCUUGAUAGUGCUAAAAUGGCAAGACAGAGUUUGGAAAUGGACAUCAGAAACCUCCAAGAUAAGUUCAAGGCUAAUCAGAAAGCCUGGGAAGCCUCGAAGCAAGAACUUCAUAGUCUGAAGAAAUCUUUCAGUGAGCUGGAUGGAAGUUUGAAGAGCAGCAAAGAAGAAGCCAAGACUGCUCAAAGCUCUUUAGAGGCUUUCAGACAGCAAAUCGCUACCCUUCUCAGUAGCAGCUCGCUAACAGUUAUACCCUCUGAGAAGGACAUUUUGAAGAGAGUCCAAGAAAUAAACUGCAAAGAGAAGAGUGAAGAGAGAGUGGUAUCUCAACUUGAAGCCCAAAUAGCUAAACUGACUGAAACUUUGGAAGAUCAAACCAGAUCAUACCAAGAAGCUCUGGAGAGAAGCAGAAAAGUUGAAAAACAAUCUGAGACUUUCCAAGAUCAGUUGAAACACUUGGAAGAGGAGCUGCUCUCUUUAUAUAUGAUACAAGAUGGUUUGAAGCUUGAGAAACAAAAAUAUAUGAAAUUUCUGGAACAACUUAAUGAAACGAUGAAGCUGAAUAGCAUUGCAGCAGAGGUUGGAUUUGAUAUGAAUGUGAAUGCAAUUCUGGCUCGGGUAGAGCAAUUAGUCAAACUGGAAGGUGAUGCAGUGAUUGAAAACAAGACUGUGACAUAUAGCCUAAGAAGGAAGUUGAAGACUCAGAAAGAAAGACUUGAAAGCAAGGAGUUGCACAUGAAACUUCUGAGGCAGAAAAUAACCCAGCUGGAAGAAGAGAAACAAAUAAGGACAUCACUAGCUAUGGAGAGGGAUGAGGCCAAUCUCACCGUCAGAAAGUUGCAAAAGAUGAUAGAGAGAUUACAGAAGCAGCUUGAUCUGGCAAGGGAAACGAAUACUGAUCUCAAAGCCAAGCUGUCUGAAGCCAAUGAACUUAAGAUCCAGACUCUAGAGCAGAACAGAACAAUAGAAGAACUUAAUAAGUCUCAAGGCAAAUUGGAAAGAAUGAAGGAAAAAGCUGAGAAACAAUUAAACUCUGUCAAAUCAGAACUUAAUUUAAAGGAACAGAAAGCUACUGAAGAAAAAGAAAAAGCCAAAAAUAUGUUAGAAGUGGUUUCCAGUGAAAUGAAGGUACUUAAAACAAGCCUUGCAGAAUUAGCAAAAAGGGAAAGACAGCUGGCAGACUUCCGAGAGGUCAUCUCACGGAUGCUGGGCCUUGAUCUUGCUAACCUAGCUCUGCCUGACUAUGAGAUCAUUACACGUCUGGAAGGGCUGAUUCACUUUCAUCAGCACCAUUUUAUCCCCUGCGUCUGUGUCAAAGAUGUAACAAGGACAGAAGAUGAGUGCUUGGAUAGAAACGUACAGUUUCUUCAUUGAAACACACAUUUUUGAGGAAACUAAAGUCAUUUUUUCUUUUUCCCUGCCUACUAGACCAGCAUAGAAAAUAGGUCUUUAUUUUUGUUCCUUCUUCUACAGAUACUUGGGCUGAUUUUCAGUGUUUCAGAGAGACAGUUAACAGCCAGCAUCCUAGGGAAAGCAAACAUAUAAUAUUUUAGACAUGAAAAUGAUGGGCAAUAUGUGAAAAAUGAACAGCUUUCCAAUUCCAGUGCAGAGUCACUGAUGGCAUGAGCUACCAGAGAUCUGUUAACAAUUUGGGCAAAUACUAGCUGGUGAACAUCAGCAUUUGUGAUGUUCCUUGUGCUUUACUUCUUGGGUGACAGUGAUGAAAUGAAGUGGGGGCCAUCCAGUUGCUAUUUCUUUUGCAAAAUGGGACUUCUCUGUGCCUUUUUAUGCAUAAGAACUUCGGUUUCAAGGCACCUGGAAAGCUGGCUGAGGGCUAUCAUGGUUUUGGAAAAAGGGUUUUUUUUCUGUCAUUUUUUUUCUUUAGUCUGCUCUUGAGUAAGAACAAAAAGUUAUGCUUUUUCAGCAAAGGCUCUUUCACAGACUCCAGUCACAUGCCUGGCAUAGAUAUACAGUAGAAUUAUCUAUAGUAAAAUUGCGUCAUGCCACUUUGAAAGUGUUUCUUGUACCUGCUGUGCUCCUUAGACAAUUAAUCCAUAGGCCAAAUAAGCAUCAGUUCUGACUUAAUACAAAGGUAUUAAAAAUACCCUCAUCCAUUACAGAAAAUAGUUUCUAGUCUUGAUUUUUCAGAAAAACCCAGAUGAUAUGUCCAGAAUUACCUUUUAAUCAUAAAAGCUGCUUGUCUAUUACCCUUCCUGAUUGUUAAACUUCAUGAUUUUAAGACUUUCAAACAAUAAAUAUAUUUUAAUAGUGCACUCAAAAAUGAUUCCGUGUUUCCAGUUGUCUCUUCCCAUUAUAUAUUCCAUGCGGAUAAGUAGAACAGUACAGAUGACUUACCUAUGUAUAUAUGACCAUGGUGGACUUCCUACAGUAUCUCAACAAAUAAUCAUUCACUAAAACUGAGCACUAUACUAAGACAAAUGAGACUUUAAGAAGAAAAACAAAACA